AAAAGGGUAUCUAUUAGUUUGAGCUUUCAGUCUAUUAGAUUUGAAGUGUACAGUGUUAUUUGAUCUGCAACAGGACUAACAAAAUAAGAUGGAGGAAGUGAUUUCUAGUGAAGAUGAGGAACGGGUGGACUCUUAUGUGGCUUUAGAAAAAGGCGGGGAUGAAUGCUGUGUCGUUGAGGAUGUUGAAACUCCAAUGGUAUUGGAUGAUGCAAAGGAGGAUAAUGUGAAUUUGAAUAUUGCCGGAGUUGUAGAGCCCAUGGUUUGGGAUGGAGUUUACUACAGAAGAUGAUGCGAGGAACUUUUACAGUGUGUAUGCUAAGCAAACAGGUUUUAGUAUUUGUGUGAAUUCAUAUUAUCGUUCGAAGAAAGAUAAUUCUGUUAUAUCUCGAGAGUUUUGUUGGUCUAAAGAAGGGUUUGGUCAAGAGAGGAGUGCAAAAAAGUAGUUUUGGGUGAUGACACAAAAGGGAGGUGUGCUAGACCGAUCACAAGGGAAGGUUGCAAAGCAUUGAUGACGGUGAGAAAACGAGAUAAUGGGAAAUGGUAUGUGGCAAAACUAGAGAAGAACCACAAUCAUGAGCUCGUGACUCCAGCAAUGCGGCAGUUUCUUAGGUCACAUAAGCAGGAGUAUGAUCCCUGUAAAAGUUUGAGCAACUUUUUUGGUUCCCCCGAAAUGGGUUUAAACAGUCCUGCAAGUGUCUUGACUGAAGAUUCCUACAGUUGUAGAAAAAUGGUAUUUACUGCACAGAAUAGUGUCAAGUACGCGGGAAAGGGAAGGUUGGGCACAUUUGGAAUAGAUGCCCAAAGUCUGCUCGUGUUUUUUAGCGCUAUGCAAGCUAGUGAUCCUGCAUUUUAUUAUGCGAUACAGGUUGAUGAAGAAGAUCGGCUAAGUAGCGUAUUCUGGGUUGACACAAGAUCAAGAAUUUCUUACAAUUGUUUCUCUGAUGUCGUAGCCUUUGAUACCACUUAUCAAGUGAACCGAUAUAAAAUGCCAUUUGCGCCUUUUACUGGAGUAAAUCAUCAUAAUCAGUCAGUGCUGUUUGGCUGUGCAUUGCUUGCAGAUGAGACAGAAUCCACAUUCAUUUGGCUUUUCACUACUUGGCUCGAGGCAAUGUCUGGCAAGCAACCUGGCUUAAUUAUAACCGACUAUGAUUCAGCCAUCAGUAGAGCAGUAGAACAGGUUUGCUCACACUCAAGGCAUCGAUAUUGCAAGUGGCAUAUCAUAAGCAAAAUGCCCAGGGAGAUGGGAGAUACAUAUAGCUCACUGCCUAGAACAUUUUAAGUUGAAUUUGAUAGGUGUAUUAACAAGAGCAAGACACCUGAUGAAUUUGAAUCUGCUUGGCCAAUGAUUCUUGACAAAAACAAUCUUAGAGGAAAUGAAUGGCUUCAAUCUCUUUAUAUUGAUCGCAAAUUAUGGGUUUCAACAUAUGUAAGAGACACAUUCUUUGCAUGCCUGUAUGCUACCCACCAAAGUACAAGCGUGAAUACACUUUUUGAUGGCUAUGUGAAUGCAAGGACUACCUUACAGGAUUUUGCAGAGCAAUAUGAGAAGGCAUUAGAGGAUCGAUAUGAGAAAGAAGCAAGGGCAGAGGUUGAGACCUUUUAUACCAAACCAAUUUUAAAGAUGCCGCUUCCUAUGGAGAAGCAAGCAGCUGACAUUUAUACGAGAAAAAUGUUUACAGUAUUUCAGGAUGAAGUAUUUGAAUCUCUUGCACUUGCUGUGAAAUUCAGUGGAGAGAAUGGAGGAUCCAGCACAUACAAGGUAGCGAGGUUUGAUGAAGAACAUAAGGUUCACUUUGCUUGUAUUAAUAUAGCGGACCAAGUAGCUAGUUGUACUUGCAAGAUGUUUGAAUUUGAAGAGGUCCUUUGCCAUCACGUGCUUGCGGUUUUUAAAGCAAAAAACAUAUUUUUGCUUCCACAACAUUAUAUCUGAAAGAGAUGGACAAGAAAUGCCAAGGAUGAAGCCAUUUUGGAUCUUCAGGCCAGUGGCAAAACGUGAGGCAAAUCUCAUAAAGGCAAAAAGUUGCAGUACAAUAUUUUGUAUAUGGAAGCUAUUAAAUGUGCAGAGGAAGGGAUGAUAUCUGACCACAGUUUUAAAGUGGCAUUAAAUGCCCUAAGAGAGGCCAGGAUCAAAAUUGUUGAUGCGAAGAAAAAUGCCAUCAAUGCAAAGAAACUGGAAACCAUGGCCAGCACAAGUUAUCAAUAUGAGAUCACCACAAUUUCCAGCCAGGUGGACAGUUCAUCAGCACUAGUAACUCCCCUUGAACACCUGAAAGAUAAAACACGAGAAUCUUUUAAAUAAAGUAAUGCUUUAGCAUCAGAGCAAUCAUCAAACAGAGAUGCGCUAUGCACUAAAUGUAAGUGCCCUGGCCAUGAUACUAUUACUUGUUUGCGGUUGAAAGAUUCGGGCCAAAACAAUUUCAUGGACAGUCAAAAUCAGAAAAUUGCCUCUAGGACUGGCACUGCUGGAUAGGAGACUGGCAUUCCUCUGCACUGAAGGUUUAUUUAUUUUCCAUAGGUUUCUAAGUUAUCAAUCGCUUUUCAGUCACGUUACUGAUAAAGUUAAAGAGACAAAUAUGAAUUUUAUAGCCUCUCUGUUUCGGUUGUAUUCUUUCCAGGAAUUUGAAACAUUUAAUUUUAUGACUUCUGUCUCGGCAGUAUGUGUUUCGUUGCAU